GUUCAAAUCCUGAUGAAUGGACUUGAUGUAAAUGAGAGCAAAGCUACGGCAUAAAGUAGGGCACUGACAAAGGGGGUGAAUCGAUUUUGAUAUUUUGACUUGGUGGGGUUGCCCAAAUUUUCGGCGUCACCAGAAGAACGUGGUAAAAUUCUGUGCAAGUAGUAAAACUGAGGCACGGCCUUUUUCACCGGUUUUCUUUUUCUUUCAUGGACGAUCGAUCAACGGUACUUGCUGAGAUCACCACAACGAUCCAAGCGAUCAAGAGCAAACGGUUGCAUUUUUAUGAGGAAUACAAAAACUACAAUGAAAAACUCGGACUAGGCAGCCGAUCACCGGCCGAUGCAAGUACCAUUGAUCUUCCUCUGCAUCCCAACGCGUUACAAAUGGAACUCGAGGAUUACAAACAUUACUUUAGGCAACUUAAAAUAGCCUUCAAUGAAGUGGAGCAUCAAGAAAAGUUCUUGCGAUCCAUUCUGAAAGAACCACCGUUGCAAACAUCCUUGUCCGAAGUGCAAUCCAUCGAAUAUGAGAAUGAGCGACGGAAAAGGAAUCUUCAAGCUCUGAAAGCGGAUAUCAAGAAGCAUCAGGACUCGCUUCUUCAUGCUGGUCAGUCGAUCGAUGAGGCAAGAAGGUCGUUGAUGAAGAAGACAGAUGCCAUUAUGGACGAAUUUGACGCAAUUUAUGCCAUGGAAGGCGAGAUUAAGCGGAUUCAGGAACUUGUCAAGCAACAAAGUGACCUUUCACCGGAAGAAGCCAAGGCCAUAUUGGAAGAACAAACCGAAGCAUGUAUCGCCAUGAAUACCCUCAUCGAUGAACGUCGAGAAGUCAUUUCGGAUCUAAGUUGGCGAGUCGAAGAUUUGGAACAAGAGCUUCAAGAACUCACCUCCCGACAACAAACCGCCGAAGCGAAAGCCGCCGAAGCUCUGCAACGCAGUGAAAAUAGAGAUGAACAAGUGGAAGAAAAAACACGAUGGUACAAGGAUUCAAUCGAGCAAUUAAAUGCAUUAUUUGGUAUCAAGUCUGUGAACUUUGAGUCACCUCAAUCGGUUUACAUUCACUUUGACACGGCUAAACAGGAAAUAUUACAUAUCGAGACCGAUAGUUUGACCCAACGCAUCCUGGAUGCCAACUUGACCAACAGUGAACGUGACAUACGGGAUCUCGUAAAAAUAGCUAAAGAGCGCCAUCCCGAAGAAGGGACCAAAUUGCUGCUACUGGAAACACUGGCAAGAAUCAAGUAUAACUUGUAAAUAACCGCUUGGUAGUAGCGAAAUCUUUUUCGUCUGUAAAUAUUCCAUCGCCAUAAAAUACUUGCUCUCCCUAUCACACACCAACUCCACCCACCUCAAAUGUAUUCCAGAUCCAUAAGCUCACUAGAAUGUGAAAAAGAAAAAAACAGUGAAUUCCAUUUCGAUGGUUCUGAUUUUUUAUUUUUAUGGGAAAAUGUCUUGUAAAAAAGUUUUCGUCUUGUAAUCAGCGCUGCCGUUUUUCGUCAUUAGAUCAAGUCGGUCACUA